AUGUGGGUGACCAGCCUCGUCCUGCUGGGUGCUGAGGGGUCCGCGGGCUGAGCCGCACCCCGGGGGGUCCUCAGGAAUGGGGGGACGAGGCCACUGUCCCCAGCCCGGGGCCCGGCUCCGUUACGCACCGCGCCCCGGCCUCAGGAGCGAGAGGGGACGCGGGCGCCAUCGCUCUGGGUGCCCCCCUGGCUGAGCCCCGACCAACCCCCCGGCACAGCAGCAGGGCCGUGCCGGACGAGCGGGGCGAACCCCAAAGAUGCUCAACGUCACCGUGUCCUGCCGGGGGGACGAGCCCGAGCGGGUUCCCGGGCUCCCAGCCCCGCCGCGGCCACCGUCGGCAUGAACGCCACCGGGCCGGCGGGGAACCGGAGCUGUGCCGGCGAGGAGCCCAUCCUGCUGCCCACCUUCUCCACCGCGGCCAAGGUGCGGGUGGCCAUCACGUGCCUCCUCUUCCUCUCCUCGGCUUGUUGCAACGGGGCCGUGCUCUGGUCGCCCGCCCGGGCACCGCGGCGUCGCCCGCCCCGCGUCCGCGUCCUGAUGGCCAACCUGGCGGCGGCCGACCUGCUGGUGACGGUGGUGGUGAUGCCGUUGGACGCCACCUGGAACGUCACCGUGCAGUGGUACGGGGGAGACGCGGCGUGCCGGGCGCUCAUGUUCCUCAAGUUGGCCGCCAUGUACGCCUCGGCCUUCGUCACCGUCGUCAUCGCGUUGGACCGGCACGCCGCCAUCGUCAACCCCUUGGCGGUGGGCUGCGCCGAGAGGAGGAACAAGGCGAUGCUGUGCGCGGCGUGGGUGCUCAGCGCCGUGCUGGCUCUGCCCCAGGCGUUCAUCUUCCGCACGGUGAGCCGGUUGCGGCCGCGCCGCUUCGUGCAGUGCGCGACGGUGGGCAGCUUCGGGGCGCACUGGCAGGAGACGCUCUACAACAUGUUCACCUUCGCCUGCCUCUUCCUCCUGCCGCUGCUCGUCAUGGUGCUCUGCUACGGCCGCAUCCUCGCCGCCAUCUCGGGCCGGAUGAAGGACGCCCGCGUCUCCUCCCAGGAGAUCCAGCUCCGCCGCUCCUACAACAACAUCCCCCGGGCCAGGAUGCGCACGCUGAAGAUGUCCAUCGUCAUCGUCCUGACCUUCAUCGUCUGCUGGACGCCCUACUACCUCCUGGGCCUCUGGUACUGGUUCUCCCCCGAGAUGCUGACGCGGGAGAAGGUGCCGCCGUCCCUCAGCCACAUCCUCUUCCUCUUCGGCCUCUUCAACACGUGCUUGGAUCCGCUCAUCUACGGGCUCUUCACGGUGCAUUUCCGCAGGGAGAUGUGGCACGCUUGCCGCUGCAGCCGCCGCCGGCAUGAGCAAGACGCUGGCUCUGCCCUCACCGGCUCUUUCCGUGUCUCCACCACGGCCGUGCUGGCCAGGGAGCUGGCAACAGAGGGGGGAUCUGGAAAGCACGAGCUGGAGGUGAUGGCGGGCGCAGCCCCACCGGGACGGAGCUGUGAGCUGUGCCGGAGGAGGACGGUGGAGAGCUUCAUGUGACGGGGAGGCCAGGCUGGACCCGUGGGGGGGCGAGGGGCACCCCCAAAAGGGGGCUGGGGGGAGACAACAAGGGCUCUGUGCCACCACGAAGCUGCUCAGCAAUAAACUCGGGAUUAUUUUCUCAGCAGGAACCUGGUUUUAGGCCCGGGGAUGGUUUAUCCGGAGCCAGCGCUGCGGCAUCAGCAGCACAUUUCCAUGCUGGGUGGCGCCUAACGGCACCGGGCAGCACGUGAGGAGCGGUAAGCCAGAAGCAACGCACCCCGUGUCAGGCAGAGAGCAACAUCUGGGGCAGAAACUCCUUCAAAAGAUGCCAAAAAAGAAAAUGUAACUUAUUUUAAAUGUGCCCCUUCACCUGCGCUGGGGGCAUGGGGAGAAUUCAACGCUCCCGGCGCUGAGCUACGCAGAAAACCCGCUGACCUGCUGGAGAGCAGCGCGCAGCUCCGUAAAACUGUCGCUUUCA